AUGCUCGAUGUCAUAGUGUCGCAAACCAAGAUUGAGAUUGCGAUCGAGGGCCCUGCAGGUGUUACUCGCGAUGGAUUGUGGCAGCUUGUACAGCAAACAGCAACCAAAACGGUCCAUGAUCUCAAUCUUCCAACCCAAGUUACGCCCAACGUAGACGAUGCAUAUAAACAGCUCAUAUGGCCCUUCAUUGUGAACGAACCACAACUCAACUUUUUCCACGACACGUCGAUCGAUGCAAUGCAAGUGGAUCAGAAUAACGACGCGCCUAGUGCAACAGACACCUUGACAACUGAAGCGACUAUCCCUGAGCAGGCUGUGCCAGCAGCAACGCAUGAAGAAUCAACACCAUCAUCACCCGUUGGAGAGACAGCAGCAUCAUCAUCACCCGUGCAACCGAAGAAGACAAAGGGCAAAGCACCAGCCAAGAGCAAAGCAGCCAAACGUAAGGCGAAGAAGAAACCGGCAAAGAAGAAAAAGACUGCUCGCAGAGGAGACGAUGAUUCAACUGAAGACGAAUACCAACCAGAUGAGGAUGAGGAUGAAUCCAGUGAAGAUGAUGAGGAUUUUGAUAUGGAAGCUGAAGAGGCGGAUGAUGACAACAACAACAACUCACCACAACAAAAAGAGAAUGGCAAUGCUGAACCUUCAAAGUCUGGUUUAUCCAUUGUGGUUGAUACUUCCGGUUAUCAGCGUAUUGAUGGCAUCAAGGAUCUUUCAUUUGAACAAGUGGAGAACAUGUAUGGCUCUCGUCUACGCGUAGUAGCUGAUGCCGAAUUGCAAAAGGAACAAUUGUUUGUGGGAUUGCCGCCAGGGAAGCCGAUACCUGAAAACCAGGCCAUUGUUUUGGGUGUCAUCUUGCGUUCUCGUCAUAAAGGUUAUACGCAAGCAGCUCUCACCAAAGAUCUUGGAUUGGAUGCUCGCUCUUCUGGGCAUUAUGUCAAAACUCUCGCCAACAGAGGUGCCAUUAUUCGCAAACCAGUCAGCGCCGGAUUCCGUACCAAUCUUUGCAUUCACGUACGAUUCAAUACAACGGAUGAGCAAAAGCAUAAGGCGGGUGCAGCAUCGACCAAGAAACCCAUUGCUUACAACAUCAACGCUUUUGGCGUGGCAUAUUCCAACAAAUCAUUGACAUUCGCAGUGGCCAAGUUAUUGGAUGGUGCACCGGAUAAUGUUAUGUACACCGAUGAUAUAUUGAAGGCACUGGCAUUCAAUCCAGCGGAGAAGUAUGUUCGCAAGUGGUUUUUCCGCUCCAUGGAUGAGCCAUGCAGCAAAAACAUCUUUCGCAAAUUGAGACCACCCAAGCAAGGCACUUCUCGUAUUAUCCAAUUGAUCGAUCAUCGCUAUGCCAACGGAGGAAAAGGAUCAAAUAUGGACGAUGCCACAUCUCAAACCAUCCCCAACGUUGAUGCUGAACGAAGGGAAAAGGGCUGUGUGGGCCUUGUGCUCAAGUCGAGAGGAGACAACAGUGAUCACAUUACCGGUCUUGAUUAUGAUAUGAUGGUUGAACCACAACUCUUGGAUGCUCUUUAUUCUGUCGGGACAACGGGUGCAACUCAAAAGGAACUUGGACAUAUCUUGGGCUACAGUGAUCAGAGAGCCUUGUAUAAAGGAUUGGAAAAGUUGUGUUCAUUACCCAAGACUCCGGAUUCGACUCGUUUUACGGUUCAAAAAUCGCUGGAAUUUGAAGGACGCAUCAAACGCUAUCGCUAUUAUACGCUUCAGGCCUAUAUGCAACAUACCGAAAACAAGUCGAUUGAGUUGACAGGACCACCCAAGUAUACAGUCAAAGAGAGUGACCUUGCGUAUCUUGAUUAUCGCUGUGCUGAGAAUCGAGUCUUAUCACACGAGGCUGCAAAGAAUGUGAGAAAUACGCAACCAUCACCUGAGCAGACAACGGCGCAAACAACGCCUUCAAAGAAGCGUGGUCGACCACCACAAUCAUCUCGUGCGAAUGAAGCUGCCUCCAGCGAAACUGAAGCACCAGCAUCAAAACGCCGUGAACGUCCAAGUACAUCAUCAUCGACAAGUGCAACAGCCGAAUCGGAUCAAUCAAGUCAAAGCAAUUUGGCAUCCAUCUUUUUGCCGAGAAAGAGAACAUUGGCGCAAACAGCAACAUCCGAAGAUGUGUCACGUGAUCAGGAUGAAGAACAGCAGACGAAUACAACAACGACUCAAGAGGAUAAUGAACCACCUCAACCAAAGAAACCACGAGGUCGACCAAAAAAGACUCCGGCAUCUACUGCUGAAGGAUCAACGAAUACCCCACAGCCAAAAAGACCACGUGGUCGACCGAGAAAGAACCAAGCACCAGCAGAAUCUACUAUUCAGGAACCAACCAAUGAUCCUGAUACACAGCAACAACAGCAGCAGCCUGAAGCUACAAUGAAUGUUGAUGAACCAUCAGAAUCAACGACAUCACAAGAUCAAAAUGCAACAUCCACUGAGCCUACUCGCGAAGAGUCAACCCAUGUUCCAGAUACACAAGAACAGCAUGAAGUACCUGAAUCACCUAUGGAUGUGGAUCAACAUGUACCAUCAUCAAGUCAACAAAUCACCACACCAAGUCGUCAAAGCACCACGCCAAGCCGCCAAAUCACUACACCAAGUCGACAAAACACCACGCCAAGAAGGAACCUUUUCGAUUAUUUCUCGCCAAUGAGUAGAACAACCUCCCCUCAAUCAAAAGCGCCAAGAGCAAUUGGAGAAAUGACAACCAAUCCAGGUGAAAGCUUUCGACAACGCAUGGCAGAAAUUCAGUCUGAAGCCAACAAACAACCCGCUGCUGCUGAAUCUUCACCAACUGAACCCGCUACGACACAAGGAGAAGACAACAACAAUACAUGUCCUUCUCCUUUGCCUAUUACAGCAGAGUCGCCACAAACGCCAUCAAGGCCUUCCUCUCAUACUGACGAUCCGUCAAAGCAACGAAUUACUACACGGCAUUCUGACAAGGUUAUCCGUACAAAGGAUGGCAUCACCUCUGCCAAGCAUACACGUACUAGCGAUGGUGCGAAUUCAUACAUGAUUACGAGGAAGAAUGUGAUGCUUGACAUAUUGAAUGAGAAGGGUAUCUUGGAGCGUGGUGGCGAAUUGAAAGCUGUAUUUCUGGAGAGAUAUCGAGAAAAGUAUGGUGACUCGAAGAUGGCAAGGAACCCCGAUAAUAAGACAGUAUGGCGUACUGUUGAAUCUUUGGCACAAGAUGGCCAUUGUUAUAUCACCACGAUGGAGAUUGCCACAUUCACAGGGAAGCCUCAGAAUCGUAUCCUUGCGGUGCGUAAAGAUCUCAGUAAAGAGGGUCCAGAAAUGGCAGCGUUUAUUGAAGAGCAGGAACACAAACGCGUUCAGAUUGGAUAUCGUGGCAAGAUGGCCAAGUUUGAAAAGUUCGACAAGGAUGUGGAAAGAUUGGAGCAGCGACUUGAACGCAUGGAAGAUACACAUGACACGCUUCGAGGUGAAGAGAGCCCUGAAGCUAGACGACUUCGAGAUGAUAUCAAGAUUUUGAAAGAGAACAUGUCGAAAGCAAGUCAACUCAGAAGAGAGAUGCAUGUGGCGAAGACAACUGGCAAUUGGUACAUGAUUGCGGUCCAAUAUGGUUUCAUUGGUUCAAAGUGGGUGCGUAUCAAGUUGCUACAUCAAUACCUGUUUGCUCUCCUUCAAAGCGGCGGUGAUGGUAUCAAUCAGGAGAAACGUACAAUUCGCCCUUCUGCUAUCAUUAUGCGCAUGAAACUCGGACUUUGUUUGCAAACCAUUGGAUAUUAUUGCACAAGCAAUGAACUCAGUGAAUACAUUCAAGAUCAGUCCAAUUUGGAAAAGACGCUAGUUGAACUGCCAGAGAAUAUCAAGAUCAUGCUCAUUUCAGAGAAGAAUCGUUUUCGUCGUCGAUUGCGCGGCCUUUUAGAUCAUUUGGUUUUGCUCAAAGCGCUUGAUCAAAUCGACGACAAUGGCAAUCGUAUUGAGAACUUUAAGGAAACAUUGGGCAACUUCCCUCCAGCUUAUCGGGUGUGUGACAAGAUCCCCAUCAUCGAUUAUUGGACUCCUGAUCGCCCCAUCAUUCGAGAAUAUUCCGCUCAAAUGGCAUCCGAUAUCCUGGUGUAUUGGAGUGAUUUGCAAUACUUCUCUACAAGCGCCACGAGUGAUCAAAGAGGCGCUCCCCAUCCAGAGUCUAAUGAAGAAUUACUGGUGAUACGUGGACUCGCUACACCAAGGAAUUGGAGCUCUCAUUAUGUGUUUGUUCGUGAGCAACGUGAAGUCUUGAACUCCUUCGUCAACAAAAAGACUGGUGAAACGCCAUACACCAACACACAACAAUGCAAGGAAAUUGCACGAUCACUCAAAGUGCCUCUACAGAUGGUUCUCAAUUAUUACAGACGUUUGGAGGCUGCGUUCACUCGCAAACUCGACAAACAGGCAAUUCGUCAUCUGGAAGAAGAUAUCAGUGGUCGUCGCAAACGAAGACGCCGCCGAGGAAGUGAAAGGGGACCAGCACCUGCUACUCGAGCCAUCACUGUCAACACGAAAAAGGUGUUUCGAAAGCAUCAUACAUACAGCACAGCGCGUCAACUCUUGCAGGAACAAGAGCAAGCAGAAGCAGCCAGCAACAUGGACCAUCACGAUGGCUAUCUCAAUGAUGAAACUUCCAUACCUUUGGUGAAUGACAAUAUCAACGUCUAUGAUCUCAAAAAACGACGCAUCAGGCGUGUUCAAUGGACAGUGGAAGAAGAUGAGCUGUUACUUUAUUGCUAUGUCAUUAUGAAAUCACGGGCGCGAAGGCUUGAAAGCCGUUUCAUGUGGAAGAGUAUGCAAUCGGUCUUGCCAGAACGAACGCCUGAACGAUGCCGGCAUCGUAUAGGAAGGCUCAAGGCGAUACCGAAGAUUGCUGAACACAUUGUCCAUUUAUCGGGUUUAUGGGAUAUCUAUUACAAGCAAGGAGUCAAUAAUGGUGCUAUCCAUGAUGAAAAUCCGCUUGAUCCAAUCAAUUUCAACAUAUUGGAGUGCCUGGAAUAUUUUAUCCGACGAAUUCAAUCUAGUUCUUCUGGGGAAUUGGAGGCGAACACUGAACUUCCACCAACCCGCCAACAGCUUGAAUCCGAAUACGACAUUUAUGUACCAGUGGGUGAAAAAUCAUGUUUGAAGCGCUUUGAGGAUGCAUUCCAUACUAUCGAAGCUCUUGUUCAAAAAGAAGAGGCCCUUGCCAGUCACUGGUUGACGAUUCGAACACCCUGGGAUCAUACGUACGACACAUUACCAGAUAAAGCGAUAUCAGAAGAAGAAAAAGACCUCGGGCUCCUGAUGCUUUUCAACCGUAUGAUCCUAUUCACGCCCAACGAGAUGUACGAUCCUUUCUUUGCAUACAGCGUCAUUACUCAAUAUUCAGAGGAUCUGAGAAGAAGAGCCGUUGAAACAAUGAGAAGCGAUAGUCAACUCUCCUUGGCCAAAGGCAUACGUUGCGGGGAUCGCCGCUUACCUGGUACACAACUUGGCAUCUCCGAGAGAUACAUUACUCGUAUGGCUUGUAACAUGCCUGACAACAUUUAUGAACAAGCAAAGGUCUUUGAGAGGUACCUGAUGGCCAAGCACUCUGCAAAAUAUUCACCACAGCUGGUGAGCAGUGGCAUGAUGGCGUGUAUCAUCAACCUGGUAUCCUGCAACAAGCUCAAUUUGGAGUUGUUAUUUGAGGACAUUUUCAACCUGAAAGCCAAGAUUCCGCUGUAUCGCAGCCGUUUGAUAGAUGAAAAGCUGUCAAACCUUAGCGUUCAAUUGAGGGUGACUGCACCUCCCGACAAUGAUGGUCAAAAAGAACCCCAACCCAUAUCAAAGGAUGAUGGCCAACUCAAGAAGCUGGAAGACUUGGAACUUAGGGAUCAUUGGACGUGCUUGUUACAGAGUCAAGAGCCUAAUGUUCAAGUUGAUUUGAAGACUAUGAUGGCGAUUUUGGAAAGUGCGGGAGACCAGGGAGCCACGUUGCAUCAAAUCAAGGAUGGGUUAAUACGUUCGGGAUCGCUCGCAAGUGAUAAGGAAAUUCACGAGUACAUGGACAUUAUGUGCAAUGCAUCACCACCGCUUGUUGCCAAAGUCGGAUUUCAAUCCUAUCGCUACGUUCUUACCAGCUAUUUGAAUCACUGGAUCAUUGUUCCCACAAGGACAUCAAGUAUUGUUGCCCCCAGCUCGGAUGAAGUUAUUGAACGUACCGCCAAACUUGCCGCCAUACGUAAAGCAAUCAUCCAUCCACGCGUGUGGUACGACAUCAAUGGCAGCUUCACUGGAGCCAUCUUGCAAGGAAUUAUCGAAUCGAUCAUUCAGUGUGUGCUACAACGCCCGGGUAUCAUUGAGCGAGAUGUAUGUCGUCGAUUCCACAAUCUUUUGGUGUAUGUCGAGGUCAAGGAUGUAUUGGAUAUGCUUGUAGAUAGCGGUGUCUUACGCAAGCAAAUCAUUGUGCAUACGAUGCCCAAGGCGAACUUAUUCUCAAAACGUCGUGUAUAUACAUCAUCGCCAGAUCCAUAUGCGAUCGAUCGUUCUAGUCAAACUUGCUAUUGGACAACACCAGAUUAUUACAAAAAUUGUUUCGUCACGUUGGAGGAAUAG